AAUAAUAGAUGAAUAUAUUUGAUCCUUUCCGAUAUUGAAUUUAAGCCCAAAACUGUCCUGUUAUUUCUUGUAAGGUCACUUCUUGCUUUUGACGGCAGUGGGACUAUCUGAAAAAGAGAUAAAAGGAAAAGCGGCACCGUUUUAAUCUCUCUUUCUUGAUCAAGAUUAAUCGGGAUUCAUCAAUGGAGACGACACACAUGAAGAGCUUCCUCAACAAACUCUCCUUCACAUCCAUUACAAUUGCAACACUAACACUUCUCCUCCUUUACCUCAAAACCCCAGAGACCUGCAUCAAUCCCCAUCCAAAACCCCACCAAAAAUUCCCCAAAUCCACCUGCGAUUUCACCCAUCGGUCUUUCACCACUAUAAACAAACACAAUCACCGUAUAUGGUCUACCAAAUCAUGGAUCCAAACAGUCCAUUCUUUUACAGUCCAAUUCCAAUCCCUCCAGGCUCAAAAUUUCUUCUCCAACGAUUCUCGCAUCUUAGUUGUGUCAGCCGGGGCGGGUCAUUCUGUUAUGGCCCUUAACAACAUGGGAGUUAACAAUGUCUCCGGUUUCGAGCUCGUUGAAUCGCCUCCUCUCGUGCGCCGUGCGGAUCCACACAAUCUGCCCUUUUUCGAUGAGAUGUUUGAUCUCGGAUUCAGCCCAUAUUUAGAAUGGGCCUUGUUUCCGGCCCGAUACGUGGGGGAAAUGGAGAGAACGGUGAGAGAUGGCGGUGCGUGUGUUGUGGCUGUGGAAGAGUGUGGUGGCAAAGAGGUGAAAGAGGUGGUGAAAUUGUUCAAAAACUCGAAGCUGUUGUUGGUGAAGAACGUGACUUUGGGUGGAGAAAGAAGGACAAGCAUCGUAAUGAAAGUUGUAAAGUGAUUAAUUAAGCCCAAAAAAAUAAAAAAUUGUAAAGUGACUGAAUUUAUUGUGGCACGAACACUGAUAUAUAUAUUUUCAAGGUUUAUUCUUUGUUCAAUUCAGUUGUAAUUGAUUUGCUCAGUAACCAUCG